GGGGAUGGAGAAGGCGGUGGCGGGAGUCGCGGCCGCCGUGGCGACGGCAGGUCCCGGCGCGUCGCCGGUGCCGGGUUUCCUGGCUAAGCUUUGGGCCCUCGUGGAAGAUUCUGGGAGCGACGACGUGAUCGCGUGGAGCCGGAAUGGGCAGAACUUUUGCAUUCUGAAUGAGCAGAGGUUUGCUAAAGAGCUGCUCCCCAAAUACUUCAAACACAGCAACUUGUCCAGCUUCAUUCGUCAGCUCAACAUCUAUGGCUUCAGGAAGGUGAUUGCACUAGAGAACGGCAUGAUGACAUCCAACAAGAGCUCUGCCAUUGAGUUUCAGCACCCGUUUUUCAAACGAGGGAAAGCCAAUUUGCUUGCAAGCAUAAAGCGGAAGGUGUCUGCGGUGAGAUCUGAAGAUCUCAAAGUCUGCCCAGAGGACUUGCACAAGGUGCUGUCCGAAGUCCAGGAAAUGAGAGAUCAGCAAAACAGCAUGGAUCUCAAGUUGGCGAGUAUGAAAAGGGAAAACCAGGCUCUCUGGAAAGAAGUGGCAUUUUUGCGGCAGAAGCACAAUCAGCAGCAACAACUCUUAUCUAAGAUCUUUGGAUUUAUAUUGGGUUUGAUGAGAGGAAACUGCAUUCCGGGGCUCAAAAGGAAAAGACCUUUGACUGAUGCAUCAGGUGCCUCACCUUCAAAAUACAGCCGUCCAUGUGUUUGCAUCCCUAUGGAGGGUUGUGAAGCGGAGGCAAUUUCAGAGCACAGCACAGACUGUGAAGACUCUAUUAUAAUUCGUGACAUCACAGAUGCUCAGGAGGAGGAGGAAGAGGAUGGUGGCACAGAGAAGCUGCUGGCCCUCGCACACGCGAGUAACAGGAAUCGGGAGGCCCAGGCACUCACAAGAGAAGAUAUUCCUCCCUGCGGACUGCUGCAUAUUUCAGAAUUGGAGCUCCCAGAAAGUGACUGCCCAGAUCAGCUCACAGAUGCUCCUUGCAAGACUGAUGUAGUGCAGCCAAAUGCUGUGGAGCUGCAUUCUGCACAAGUCAUUGCUCAUGAAGACCGUGCAGAGGUGAUAGACUCCAUCUUGAACGAAAACCAGACGGUGGCACAGAGCGAGUCUUUGCUUGAGAGGGAGGAGAUUCAAGACUUCUUGAACUGUAUUGAUGCAAGCCUUGAGGAGCUCCAAGCAAUGUUGUCUGGAAAGAAAUUUAAUUACGCCUCGGACACGUUUACCGAAACAGAGGAUUUGCCAGAGAGCGCAGACGCAAUUGGGAUGAAUGAGGGAGAAACGUCAGGGAAGAACGACAUGCAGCUGCUACAAUAUCGGGGGAACCCUUUGCUUGCUUUCUUUGAAGAGCCUCCUUCCAAUGAAGAUGCAUGCAAGACGGAGGAUGCCCAAGAUGUACUCCUUCCUUCGUUGGAGAACAGGCCUCCCAUGUCUCUUCCUUUGAGCAGCGAGUCACCUCAGCAGGCCCUGGACCCAGAAAACCAGGCUGAUGGUACCUUUACCUUUGAGCCCCUGGAUCAACCCCUUCUCUCGGAAGACACAAACAGGGAAUAUAAACUCUUCCCUCUUCUGCUUCUCAGCCCAGUUGCAAAUUUUAUAGAAGAGGCCUCAGAAAUUAAACAUCCUAAACCAUACAAAGGUGUGUGGGAAACAGCUUCCUAGCUGUAAAAAGGCUAAUAGACACCCUGCUUUCUCUCGCUUUCUGCAGACUAAUAUCCUACGCUGACAAGGGAAGCUUAUUUUUACCAAAAUAGUGCAACAGCCAGAGCUGUGCUGCAUGGAUUUCUUUUUUAAAAAAAGGAAGAUAAGAGCAAACUUCUCUCUGCUUUUAAAUUAUUUUAUACACAAGCAUUCAAUUGACAGGGCAACUGUUUGUAUCUCUUGUAGAGUUUGUAUAUUAAUACAUUGGUUUUUAAGCUAUCUGGUUUCCUAAUAAGCAGUACUGUCAAACUACAUUUAUUCUCUUCUGAAAUUUUGCUUCGGAGAUGACAUGCACCAUGUUAGAAUUAGUUUAUUAUUUUGUGUGCAAAGGUUUUUUUCUCCCCCUCUCUUGCCACAGAAGUCCCUGUUCUGGUAUUGUCUAUGGUAUACCACAUUUUGUAUUCUUAGAUUUGCCCCUAGAUAUCAAUUUCUGUUUCCUAUGGAAACCAAUAUAUUUUUAACUCACCCGUUUAGAGUGUUUGGACGGAAGGCUAGACAGUUAGAUACAUGGUUUCUCAUGCACAUUGCAUGCCAAACUCCUCUUCCUCCUGGUAUGGCUUUAAAAAAUCACUAAUCCUUAGUAAAUUGUUGAAGAUUUCCAAAAGAAACGAAAACAAAGCUUGCCUUGGUGGUUCGGUUUCCCUUCUUUACAAAGGCCAAAAGCUUGAGGAUUCCAGUGACCUGUUCCAGCUCAAGACGCAUUUCUGAAGGCUGUUAUAUGAUGCUUAUUUGCUCCCAGACCUCUUCACAAAGUUCAAAGUCAGAGGAAUGUGGGCUUUUUCACCCCUGGACUAGAAAUCAGUGUUGUAAAGCCAUUCGGCAUGUUGCUUUUUUAUUUGUAAAUGAUGGCACUUUAGCCAUACAACCAUUUUAGACUCUGCUCCUUAUAUGAUAGGUAAAACCAGCUGUUGCUCUUGGCAAGAUGAAAUACUGUUUUCUUUGUGCUAGAGGUGGAUUUGACCCAUGAACUUUUAAGUAUGUCCCAUUGAAUGCAGGAACAUGUUGAUGAAGAACAACUGGGUGGAGGUAAUGUAGGCCUGCUGAUUAGCUCUGUCCUGCAAGGAGCAUAGCAAUUACGAGGACUUUAGAAAAGGCCAUCAAAAUAGAAGUAUUUUUCGUUAUCAGUCGCUUAGAUCAAAUAGCAAAAAAUCUGCUAACUGGCCCUUAGUCAGCAUAAGAACAGAUUUGUCUUAUGCCCCUUGAAAAUCUGGCCAGGAAGAACAGAGGUUCUGCAAAAUAAGUUUUUUUUAAUACUAAACUUAGUUUUCCCUCAUGUUUUUCGUUUCCACCUUUUGGUUUAUCAAGGCCCCUCUUACCUUUUUACUUCUUCCUCUUCUUCAUGGGGAAAAAAACAAAUUCUGCCUGUAUUUCCCCGAUAAUGUUAUUAUACAACUUAAAUUCACAAGUCAAAUUGCAAGCAAUCUCAUUCCUGCGAAAUUACAACACUCAUCCUAGAUUUUGCAUUUCUGCCAUUCUUUGCUGCUAUUUGAGUUAGUUAAAUUAAUUCAGACUUAAACGCUUUGUCUGGGGCAAUUGCUUUCCCUGCUGUCGUUUUUUACUUUGUAAAGUGUCAGAUUUUGUAACUUUUUUGUUACCAGCAUAAGCAGGAUGUCAACAAAACUUGUCAGCAGAAGGAACUUGCACAAGCAAUUAAAUUCCAUGCUGAUCUUUGUGUUUCUUACUCAUCUGACCACGGCAAACGAGCUGAUAGAGUCAGCUCUUGCUUCAGCCUCUCCUGGCGUGUCAGGGUGUGGCACCACUGCAGUAGAAUGUUCCAGAAUGUCCAGAGGAUGUGGAGCUGUGAGUGAGAGUGGACCUCUCUAUGGUCAAAGGCACCAGGGGCACCGGCACAGUGGCCUUGGGGUGGGAGCAUAGAGAAUUGAGCUUAAUGGAUGCCUGGCAGAGACUUCAAGGCUGCCUCUGCUAUGGUUCAAAGCCCUCUACAUACAGCUCCUUUGGCUUGACCCUGAUUUGGAGCAUUGUGUAUAGGCAAUUUCCCAUUAAAACAAUGCUGCCUUCACAGAAAAUGCAGUAGCGGGGUGCGAGCCCCUGAGCGGGGUGUAGCAGGAGAGAAGAGACUUGGCCUGCUGGAAGUUGCUCACCCGUGUUGUAAAUGGAGAUGUCAAAAUUAAACCUUGGCCCUUCUCCAUGCAACACAUGUGCUUCUGUCUCCUUGACAUAUAAACAUGUAAAGCUGCCAUAUCCUGAUUCAGACCCUUGAUUAUUUAUCUAGUCCACUAUAGUCAACUCUUCCAAGGCCCCAGUGGCUCUUCCACAGUCCCAGGCAUUCUCUUCCCUAAUCCUGCUAAUAGUGUUUUUUAAACUGAAGAUGUCCUGGGUUGAACGUGGGGCCUUCUGCCUGAAAAGAAUGGGUGCUCUACUGCUUCACUGUGGAACUUAUCAUACGACAUAUUAAAACAGAACCUCUUCAGCAAGUAGCAUUGAACCUUCUUCAGCCUGAUGGCCAGAUGCCAUUUUUGGAGAUGUUUUCAGGGUCAUAUUCAAGAGACCAAAGGCAAAAGAAGUGGGGCCAAAAUACCCAGUAUUUUACCAGCAUAUUAAUUAGCGUAAAGCUCUUAGUGCCAGUGAUUAAGCCAGUAACAACUAAUGCUGCUUCAAGGUAUUGCUAAUACUGCUUUGCCAUAUUUCACAGAAAUACAGCAAAGCAAUAAAGAAUCCGCAGACACCAAAGCAACACUGUGAAUUGGAGUGUCGGUAUUGCAUAGGAAAAGUUUUCACCUACUGAAAUUGGGUUGUUUCAUGCAUGCACCACUCUUAGAAAACGCUGGCUGCUCUAGCAGCAACUAUAAAUACUAUAAGGUGUUUCUGCCAUAGAUGUUAACUGGAACUCUGAAAGUGGGUGCAGUGCUGAUGCUUCUGUAUAUAGGCUGCUGCUCUUCAUGCUUCACAUUUUUCCCCUACCAGGCAAAAUAUGUUCAACGUGUGUGACUUUUGUAAUAACUUCAUUUACAGAUCCAAUGAAAGGCAUGUUGCAUAAUUAUUAAAGAAAAUGAGGUGGCAACCUUAUACUCAA